UUGGAUACACGACGAGGGCGGCAUCAGAGCUUCUCUUUGCUCCCUCCCCUAAACCGGAAUUAGGCCACACGGGCGCGGCUCUUCCCCGCCCUCUCGCAGGAUUGGGCGAUUGGGGGUUAGCGCCCCCACACGUUUCCUACCAUCUGGUGUUGGUGGUGUGUCUCCGCACCUUGCAUUUGUUGGUAGCCGCUUUUCUGAGGGCGCAGCUCCUGCAGCAGCACCGCGUUCAACGCCGUCAUGACAGAUCGCUCCACCUUCGACACCAAUGUGGUCACCAUGACUCGCUUCGUGAUGGAGGAGGGGAGGAGAGUAGGGGGCACGGGGGAGCUCACCCAGCUCCUCAACGCGCUCUGCACUGCCAUCAAGGCCAUCUCCACCGCCGUGCGCAAGGCGGGCAUCGCUAACCUUUAUGGGAUUUCUGGCUCUACCAACGUGACAGGAGACCAAGUAAAGAAGUUGGAUGUCCUGUCCAAUGACAUGGUGAUCAACAUGCUCAAGUCAUCAUUCACAACUUGUGUGAUUGUGUCAGAAGAAAACAAAGAUGCUCUCAUAGUGGAAGCUGAUAAACAAGGUAAAUAUAUAGUCUGCAUGGAUCCUCUUGAUGGCUCAUCUAAUAUUGACUGCCUUGUUUCUAUUGGAACCAUUUUUGCUAUCUACAGAAAGGCUUCCUCUGGUGCCCCUUCUGAGAAAGAUCCUUUGCAGCCUGGGCGUAAUCUUGUAGCAGCUGGUUACGCCCUCUAUGGCAGUGCCACCAUGCUUGUUCUAGCUCUGGAGUGUGGUGUCAACUGCUUUAUGCUUGAUCCGGCAAUUGGGGAAUUCAUUUUGGUCAACAAGGAUGUAAAAAUCAAGAAAAAAGGAAAUAUCUACAGUCUCAAUGAGGGAUAUGCUGCAUACUUUGAUCCUGCUGUGACAGAAUAUCUUAAGAAGAAGAAAUUCCCACAGGAUGGUAGUUCUCCCUAUGGUAGCAGAUACAUAGGCUCCAUGGUUGCUGAUGUGCAUCGUACUUUGGUAUAUGGCGGAAUCUUUUUAUAUCCAGCCAACUCAAAGAGCCCCAAAGGAAAGUUGAGAUUACUCUAUGAAUGCAACCCCAUGGCUUUUGUCAUUGAGAAGGCUGGAGGAGUUGCUACAACAGGCAAGGAGGCGGUCUUGGAUGUUGUGCCAAACGACAUUCACCAGCGUGUGCCGAUUGUCUUAGGGUCUCCAGAUGAUGUGCAGGAAUAUUUGGACCUAGUCAAGAAGCAUUCAGCAAAGUGAAGAGCAGAGGGUUUGAUGCAUCUACAAUGGAAAUGCCUUUCAGCUGGACCAAAGACCAUACUGUGCAAUCCUACUGACUGUGAAACAAAUGUCUUCAGUACAAGUGAACCAGGACUUCAUAAUGUGUUAUAUACACAAAUUAUGCUUUCUUCACUGUGUCAUUAAAAUCAAAUUGAAGAGC